UAUCAUUAUUUCCGUGUGUUCUUGUUGUUUCCAUAGAGCUGAAAGUGAGGAAACGGGAAAAGAAGUGAAGAAUAGAAGAUGUGUCUUCUUCUUCUAAGGCAUUAAACACAUCAAAUAAGGAGAGAAACCAUUAUAGAGUUAUAUAUAUAGACACAGAGAAGACGAAGAAAUAGAUUUGCCAAUUUUUAUUUUUGGCAAUCGUUCUUUGAGUUAAUAAUGCCAGUCCCUCUUGCACCAUAUCCAACACCUCCGGCGUCAGCACUGCCUCCCUCGUACACUCCUCCGCUGCCGGUAAAUGGUAGUACAGGUGGACAGAGCCAGUUAGUGUGUUCAGGUUGCAGAAACCUUCUCAUGUAUCCCGUCGGAGCAACCUCUGUCUGCUGCGCCGUCUGUAACGCCGUCACGGCCGUUCCUCCGCCCGAGAUGGCUCAGUUAGUGGGAGGCUGCCAUACACUUCUAAUGUAUAUUCGUGGAGCUACAAGUGUUCAAUGUUCUUGUUGUCACACCGUUAAUCUUGCCCUCGAAGCGAAUCAGGUGGCGCAUGUGAAUUGCGGAAGCUGCAGGAUGCUACUUAUGUAUCAAUAUGGAGCAAGAUCUGUCAAAUGUGCUGUUUGUAGCUUUGUCACAUCAGUUGGGGGUUCGACUAGCACGACUGAUCUGAAGUUCAACAGCUAAAUUUUUAUUACGGUUUGUUUAUGUAUUAAAUUGUGACAAUAUAGAGGAAAGAAUCAAAUCUGGCAGCGAAUCAAAUAUUUCUCUCUCUCUCUCUUGGAUCAUCCUCUCGAUCAAGAAUCUGGCAGCGAAAAAAAGAAUCUGGCAGCAAGAGAUGUUAUGAGUUUGGAACUUUUUUCCGGAGUAAAUUAAUAUGUAAGUCGUCCAAAAUUUCUGAUUUUGGCAUCUUUGUUUGUUUGUAUAGAGUUGUCUCCGUUCAAUGUUUCUGUUUUUUUUUUUUGAGAAAUUGAUUCACCAGUUUGCAGAAGUUAUAUUCAUGAAUAAAAGAUUA